AUGCUUAAAAUGAAAGCAGAUCUGAGCACACCCUCACUGGCAGGCAACCACCGUGUGCCUGCGCUGCCGGAGACCAAACGUGCUCAAGCCAACAUAGAUGCAGGCGGUAACGCGAAAGGGAAGCGCCCACCACCCCCCGGCUGCUUCUCAGCCACACAGCCCCGGGCUGCUGCCACCUCCAUCGGGAGAUUUGGGGCAGGGCCUGGGGAGGACAGAGCUGGGGGAGGGAGCCUGGUGGGGGCGCGAUGCGCUCGAGUCCAAAGCGACACUCCUCCCAAAGGAACCGGCCUUUGCAGCCUGGAGAGCAGCUGCGACCCCGGGAGGCGCCAAGCCCCGGCUGGAGGAUGGCAACCCCCGCGCCGCGGUCCCGAUCCCGCCCAGCCGCCCUCUCGAGGCCCGGAGGGGCGCCCGCCUCCCUCCGCGCCUCCUUCUAGGCAGGGGCUGCCGCGGAAAGCGCCGGCGAGCCGCAGCCUCCGCCACGUGUCCGCCGCGUCCCAGGCCCCACAGGCGCGCUCGCCCGAAGCCGCCGUUACCUCGGGGUGGGGCCGGCCUCGCCUCGCCUCCCGGCGCCCAAGCCAGCGCUCGGCGGGUCCCGAAAAGCCGGCGCCGGUAGGCUGCUGCUUCUCCGCCGGCCCGGCACGUUGGCAGGCCCCGGGCCCCUCCUGCCCGCGCGAUGCAGCCGCUGCGCUCGGCCGCUGCCAGCCGGGUGGGGCCGCGCUGCGCUGUGCGGAGCUUCCACCGCCCAGCCGCGCCGAGCGGAGCGGAGCGGAGCGGGGCUUACCGGGGCCGGCUCGGGUGCUGCCCUCCCUGGAACAGCAGGAGUGGGCGAGGCGGAGGCGCUUUCCGGGCUUCGCGGCGCCUCCCAGCUCUGCCAAGGACCGGAUGUUUCUUACCGCUACACGCUCGGGCGACCUGAAAGGGAAAGCAGCCGCCGGCCCCGCGCCGGGCCGGGCCAGCCCCCCUUCCCAGCAAGGGUCCAAUUGA